GGUGACAAAGUUCUACCAGCAUGUCCUGGCCUUGGAAUUUGCUGUUAACGAGAUCAAUGGAAAUCCUGCAAUCUUGCCCAAUGUUACCCUCGGUUUCCAUAUCUAUGACAGCUACAACGAUAAGAGGAUGACUUACGAUGCCACGCUGAACUUGCUUUUCAAAUCAGAGAGAUUUGUUCCGAACUAUGAAUGUGGCCCUAAAAGAAAUUUGCUGGCUGUGAUUGGAGGACUGGGUUCAGGUAUCUCGUUCUGCAUGGCAGACCUCGUAGGUCUGUACAAAAUUCCCACAGCUGACGUAUGGCUCAUUGGCCCCAGAAGGGAAUAACGAGACACAUGUGUAUUCCUUUUACCGCAUGGUUCCGAAUGAAGCCCAUCAGUAUGUAGGGAUGAUUUCGUUAUUUCAGCAUUUUGGGUGGACUUGGGUUGGGCUUUUUGCUGGGGAUGAUGAGAAUGGAAACCGUUUUUUGGAAGUUCUGGAGCAGCUGCUUCAUCACCAUAAGAUGUGUUCUGCUUUCACACAAAGGAUCCCGAACCAAAUAGAUAUGUCUGCUUUUAAGGAAGUCCUCAGUGUGAUCUUCAACAGCCGUCUACAUUGGAUGCAUACCAGAGCCAGUGUAUUUAUCAUCUAUGGAGAAGCAUUGACUUUAAUGUGGCUGGCUGCUUUCAUGAACAUAGCAGAAAACGAAUAUAUCCAAAACAAACUUGGUGGAAGAGUGUGGGUCACGACAGCCCAGGUUCAUUUUGCCAUUACGAGUGUUACAAGGCACUGGCAUUUCGAAAUAUUCCAAGGCACCAUUUCCUUCACAGUUCAUGCCAAUCAGCCUCCGGGAUUUCGGGAAUAUAUUCAGAACUUAAACCCAGAUCAGACACAAAGUGAUGGCUUUCUCAAAGACUUCUGGGAGCAAGCGUUUGACUGCUACUUUCCAAACCCAAAUCUGCCGAAGGAGGACUAUAACAUCUGUACCUGGCAGGAGAAGUUGGACCACCUUCCUUGGUUAAUUUUUGAAACUGACAUGACUGGCCACAGUUACAGCAUCUACAAUGCUGUCUAUGUAGUGGCACAUGCUUUGCAUGCCUUGGGCUCAUCUAGAUCCAGCCACAGAAAAACGAAGAAGGGUGAGCUGCAACAGGAUCUCCAGCCUUGGCAGCUGCAUAGAUUUCUUCAAGGCGUUUCCUUUAACAACACAGCUGGAGAAAAACUCUCUUUUAAUGGAGGCAGAGAAAUAAUUGCCGGGUUUGAUAUUACAAACAUAUUUAUCUUUGCCAACAACUCAUUCCUAAAAAGAAAUAUUGGAAAGGUGAUGGCCAAAAACUCAUCCUUUGAAGGAACAGAAUUCAUCAUUCAUGAGGAUAAAAUGUUAUGGCACAGACGUUUUAACCAGGUGGCUCCGCUUUCUCUGUGCAGUGAUCCCUGCCUACCUGGUUCUCACAAGAGAAAAAAAGAAGGGGAGAAAUUUUGCUGCUACAAUUGCUCUCCAUGUCCAGAAGGGAAGAUUUCUAAUGGGAAAGAUAUGGAUGACUGCACAACAUGUCCAGAAGACCAGUAUCCAAGCAAGAGCAAAAGCGGUUGUAUCCCCAAAACUGUGACCUUUUUCUCUCACAAAGAACCUUUAGGAAUCAGCUUAGCCUUGGUUGCUGUUUCACUGUCCGUCCUCACGGCCUUUGUCUUAGGAACGUUUGUGAAGCACAAAGAUAGCCCCAUCGUCAAAGCCAACAACCGAAAGCUCACCUACGUUCUUCUCAUCACCCUCCUGUUCUGUUUCCUCUCUUCCUUGUUAUUCGUUAAAAAACCUGGAAAAGUGGCAUGUCUUCUCCGGCAAGUUGCUUUUGGAAUUAUUUUCUCUGUCACCCUUUCUUGCGUGUUGGCCAAAACGAUUACUGUGGUUAUGGCUUUCAUGGCCAUCAAGCCAGGGUCCAGGAUGAGGAAAUGGACAGGGAAAAGAGUAGCCACUAUCAUUGUCCUUUCUUGCUCUCUUCUUCAAGUGGGGAUCUGUGCUCUCUGGCUGGGAACCUCUCCUCCAUUCCCAGAGUUAGACAAGCACUCAGUUGCUGAAGAAAUCCUUCUGCAGUGUAAUGAAGGAUCUGUCACCAUGUUUUGUCUCGUUCUUGGAUACAUUGGACUUCUGUCCAUCAUCAGCUUCCUGGUGGCUUUCCUAGCCAGGAAGUUGCCUGACGCUUUUAAUGAAUCCAAGUUCAUCACCUUCAGCAUGUUGAUUUUUUGCAGUGUUUGGUUAUCAUUUGUCCCAUCCUAUUUUAGCACCAAAGGGAAAUACAUGGUAGCUGUAGAGAUCUUCUCCAUCUUAGCCUCUGGUGCUGGGCUGCUGUGUAGCAUCUUUUCCCCAAAAUGCUAUAUUAUUUUACUGAGGCCAGAGAUGAACAACAGGGAACAACUAAUGAAGAGGAAGCGUGGAAGGAUUUGAACAUCGUAUGGGCUGGGUGUGAAAAAUAGUAGGGACAUUCUCACAAGAAAAUACUUCAGGGAGCUUGUUAAACUCCGCUUCAAAUAUGAGAUUAACUUUACUAACUUUAAAGGAAAAUCUAAAACAGAGAAGAACUCAUGGUUUCCUUUCCUACACCUCUCCCCAACACCCUUUCUCCUUUCCUUUACAGACCGACAAUCAUUUACAAGAACUAUUAAACAUAUUUAUAUACUGUAUAGCGUAACUUUAUUCCCUGUUUGCCAGGGUUUUGUAUUUGCGCCUGGAAAA